CGAUCAGAUACGUUGCAACCAGUAAGGAGCCAAUCAGGCUCUAGCCUAACAGUCCUGAGCCCACCAGCUGGCAAUCAAUUAGGCUUAUGGAGAUCAGGCUCACCGCAACCAUACUGGGCUCAACCGGGCCCACAUCAAUCAUAUUGGGCUCGACAAGACCCACGUCAACCAUACUGGGGCCAACCAGGCCCACCACAACUCUACUGGGGUCAACCGGGCCCAAAUCAACCAUUCUGGGGUCAACCAGCCCCAAAUCAACCAUUCUGGGGUCAACCAGCCCCAAAUCAACCAUUCUGGGGUCAACCAGGCCCAAAUCAACCAUUCUGGGGUCAACCAGGCCACAGUCAACCAUUCUGGGGCCAACCAGGCCCAAGCCAACCAGUCUGGGGUCAGCCAGGCCCAAGCCAACCAUUGCGAGGUCAGUUGGUUCCUAGUCAACCCAACCAGAGUCAACUGGGCCCAAGAGAACCACACUUGAGUCGGGAGCAACUGUUUCAAUCUCUGUGGUGCCAAACCUGCCUGAGUCAACUACUCCAGAUCAAACCAGGCAAGAGCCAAUCAACUCCAUGUCUAGCAGGUUCAACUCUAGUAGAACAGAGUCAAACAGAAAGGUUCUACUCAAAGUUGAAUCAAGAGAGCAUGCGGCCUCUUCAAAUAAGACCUGCUGAAGCUCGAGAUUGCCCCGAGAUCAUGCGCUUAAUUAAAGAAUUGGCUACCUGUGACAAUAAACGAAGCGUAACGCACUUGACAAUAGCAGAUUUGCUCAGAGACGGCUUUGGGGAUAAUCCUCUUUUCUACUGUCUGAUUGCCGAAGUAUAUAAUUCACGUAAGCCAUCAGGGAGAACAGCCGUUGGAUUUGCCAUCUAUUACUUCAAGUACACUCUCUGGACUGGCAAGUUACUCUACCUAGAAGAUUUUUAUGUCAUAAAAGCUUACCAAGGUCUAGGUAUUGGAGAUGAAAUGCUCAAACGGUUAAGUCAGAUAGCCCUCAGAACCCAGUGUAAAGGCAUGCAUUUUCUUGUUGUCAUCUGGAACCGGGCUUCUGCCGAGUACUACUGUCGUCGAGGAGCUUCCGACAUUUCCUCCGAGGAGGGCCGUCAUUUGUUCAAGUUUACGCAUGCACAACUCACGGAGAUUGCAAAGUAGUGAUGGAAAAGGCCUUGAAAUAAGUAGGUCCACUAUGGGCUCCAACAUCUGAAUAUCAUCUUAGUCCAAUGGCAGUUUGACUUUGAGUACUGUACAA